CCCAUGGCACUGCCAUCAUUGCUGCUGGUGGUGGCAGCCCUGGCAGGUGGGGUGCGUCCUCCGGGGGCGCGGAACCUGACGCUGGCGGUGGUGCUGCCAGAACAUAACCUGAGCUAUGCCUGGGCCUGGCCACGGGUGGGUCCUGCUGUGGCACUGGCUGUGGAGGCACUGGGCCGGGCACUGCCCGUGGACCUGCGGUUUGUCAGCUCCGAACUAGACGGCGCCUGCUCUGAGUACCUGGCACCACUGCGCGCUGUGGACCUCAAGCUGUACCAUGACCCCGACCUUCUGUUGGGCCCCGGGUGUGUGUACCCUGCUGCCUCUGUAGCUCGCUUUGCCUCACACUGGCACCUUCCCCUCCUGACUGCGGGUGCAGUGGCCUCUGGUUUUGCAGCUAAGAAUGAGCAUUAUCGUACCCUGGUUCGCACUGGCCCCUCUGCUCCCAAGCUGGGUGAGUUCGUAGUGACAUUACACGGGCACUUCAAUUGGACUGCUCGAGCUGCCUUGCUGUAUCUGGAUGCUCGGACAGAUGACCGGCCCCACUACUUCACCAUCGAGGGUGUCUUUGAGGCCCUGCAAGGCAGCAACCUCAGUGUGCAGCAUCAGGUGUAUGCCCGAGAACCAGGUGGCCCUGAGCAAGCCACCCACUUCAUCAGAGCCAACGGGCGCAUUGUAUAUAUCUGCGGCCCUCUGGAGAUGCUGCAUGAGAUCCUGCUUCAGGCCCAGAGGGAGAACCUGACCAAUGGGGACUAUGUCUUCUUUUACCUCGAUGUCUUUGGAGAGAGUCUCCGAGCAGGCCCCACUCGUGCAACAGGCCGGCCAUGGCAGGACAAUCGAACCCAGGAACAGGCCCAGGCCCUCAGAGAGGCCUUUCAGACUGUACUGGUGAUCACAUAUCGAGAGCCCCCAAAUCCUGAGUAUCAGGAAUUCCAGAAUCGCUUGCUGAUCAGAGCUCGGGAAGACUUUGGUGUGGAGCUGGCCCCAUCCCUGAUGAACCUUAUCGCCGGCUGUUUCUAUGAUGGGAUCCUGCUCUAUGCCCAAGUCCUGAAUGAGACAAUACAGGAAGGAGGCACUCGGGAAGACGGACUUCGGAUUGUGGAGAAGAUGCAGGGACGCCGAUACCAUGGUGUAACUGGGCUGGUUGUUAUGGACAAGAACAAUGACCGCGAGACUGAUUUUGUCCUGUGGGCCAUGGGAGACUUGGAUUCUGGGGACUUCCAGCCCGCAGCCCACUACUCAGGAGCCGAGAAGCAGAUCUGGUGGACAGGCCGGCCUAUUCCCUGGGUGAAGGGGGCCCCACCUUUGGACAAUCCCCCCUGUGCCUUUGACUUGGACGACCCAUCCUGUGAUAAAACCCCCCUUUCCACUCUGGCGAUUGUGGCGCUGGGCACGGGAAUCACCUUCAUCAUGUUUGGUGUUUCCAGUUUCCUAAUUUUCCGGAAACUGAUGCUGGAGAAGGAGCUGGCUAGCAUGCUGUGGCGCAUUCGCUGGGAAGAGCUACAGUUCGGCAACUCGGACCGCUACCAUAAAGGUGCAGGCAGCCGCCUAACACUGUCGCUGCGGGGAUCCAGUUACGGCUCGCUCAUGACAGCCCAUGGGAAAUACCAGAUCUUUGCCAACACCGGUCACUUCAAGGGAAAUGUUGUUGCCAUCAAACACGUGAAUAAGAAGCGCAUCGAGCUGACCCGGCAAGUUCUGUUUGAACUCAAACACAUGAGAGACGUCCAGUUCAACCAUCUCACUCGCUUCAUCGGGGCCUGCAUAGACCCUCCCAACAUUUGCAUCGUCACGGAGUAUUGUCCUCGCGGGAGCUUACAAGACAUUCUAGAGAAUGACAGCAUCAAUUUGGACUGGAUGUUUCGCUAUUCACUCAUUAAUGAUCUUGUGAAGGGUAUGGCCUUUCUCCACAACAGCAUUAUUUCAUCUCAUGGAAGUCUCAAGUCCUCCAACUGUGUGGUGGAUAGCCGUUUUGUGCUCAAAAUAACAGACUACGGUCUGGCUAGCUUCCGAUCAACUGCUGAACCUGACGACAGCCAUGCCCUCUAUGCCAAGAAGCUGUGGACUGCCCCGGAACUGCUUAGUGGGAACUCCUUGCCAACCACAGGCAUGCAGAAGGCAGAUGUCUACAGCUUUGCCAUCAUCCUACAGGAAAUAGCACUCCGCAGUGGGCCUUUCUACUUGGAAGGCCUGGAUCUCAGUCCCAAAGAGAUUGUCCAGAAGGUUCGAAAUGGUCAGCGGCCAUAUUUCCGGCCAAGCAUUGACCGAACACAACUGAAUGAAGAGUUAGUUUUGUUGAUGGAGAGAUGCUGGGCCCAGGACCCAGCGGAACGUCCAGACUUCGGGCAAAUCAAGGGCUUCAUUCGCCGGUUUAACAAGGAGGGAGGGACGAGCAUUCUGGACAACCUCUUACUGCGCAUGGAGCAGUAUGCCAAUAACCUGGAGAAGCUGGUGGAGGAGCGCACACAGGCAUACCUAGAGGAGAAGCGCAAGGCUGAGGCUCUGCUCUACCAAAUCCUACCCCAUUCCGUGGCAGAGCAGUUAAAACGGGGAGAGACUGUCCAGGCAGAGGCUUUUGACAGUGUUACCAUCUACUUCAGCGACAUCGUGGGCUUCACAGCAUUGUCGGCCGAGAGCACGCCUAUGCAGGUGGUGACGCUUCUUAAUGACCUUUAUACCUGCUUUGAUGCCAUAAUCGACAACUUUGAUGUCUACAAGGUGGAAACCAUUGGGGAUGCCUACAUGGUGGUGUCUGGCCUUCCAGGCCGAAAUGGUCAGCGCCAUGCACCAGAAAUUGCUCGCAUGGCCCUCGCAUUACUAGAUGCAGUGUCUUCCUUCCGCAUCCGCCACCGACCCCAUGACCAGCUGAGGUUACGAAUAGGUGUUCAUACAGGGCCGGUCUGUGCUGGGGUUGUCGGUCUGAAGAUGCCCCGGUACUGUCUUUUUGGAGACACAGUUAACACUGCUUCUCGGAUGGAGUCUAAUGGUCAAGCUCUAAAGAUCCAUGUCUCCUCGACCACCAAGGAUGCCUUGGAUGAGCUAGGAUGCUUCCAGCUAGAGCUGCGUGGGGAUGUGGAGAUGAAGGGAAAAGGAAAAAUGCGAACGUAUUGGCUCUUAGGGGAGCGAAAAGGACCUCCUGGCCUCCUGUAAACCCCACGCCAGAUAAUCUCCUGCUGCUGGUACUUUGGACAAUGACCACCGUCUCUCCAUACAACAAAAACAGACUUUGUCAUAUGAGAUGGAAAACACACACACACACACACACACACACA